AGCCGUGUAAUGUGUUGAUAAGGCCGAGAGGCUCACAUGCAGUGAAAAUAGUGCAGUUUAAAGAACAGAAAGGUAGUCGAGCUUCAAAUGAUCUGAAACAGCAUGCCAGCCUGUGGUCACCAGGUUCAGAGCUCAGAGGAACAAGUUUGGGAACCCGAGGAGCUGUUUUGGAGCUGAGGAUCUGGGGAAUAAUUAGCCUGCAGUGCUGGUCAAACCUGACAUGGGAUUCCAGGGAAAAGCAGCAGAGUGAAGGGAAUCCAGUAAAGCUGGUUUCCUAUUGUGCAUAUUGGAUGAGGAUGGAGAAGGAAGCCUUUGGCCUUUGAUUUUGCACGUUUAACAGACUUUCAGCUGCAACUCAACGCUUUCCUUUUCAGCGUUCAUGAAUUCAAGCUUUCUGACUGCACAAUGGAGAAGUACGAGAAGCUGGCUAAGAUCGGAGAAGGCUCCUACGGCGUGGUGUUCAAAUGCCGCAACAGAGACACAGGCCAAGUAGUGGCCAUCAAGAAGUUUGUGGAGUCUGAAGACGACCCGGUCAUCAAGAAGAUAGCACUGAGGGAGAUCAGGAUGCUGAAGCAGUUGAAGCACGUGAACCUGGUGAACCUUCUGGAGGUCUUCAGGCGAAAGAGAAGACUGCACCUCGUCUUCGAGUUCUGCGAGCAAACAGUCCUAAAUGAACUGGACAAGCACCCCAGAGGGGUUCCUGAGGCUCAGCUGAAGAGUAUCAUCUGGCAAACUCUUCAAGCCGUCAACUUCUGCCACAAAAACAAUUGUAUCCAUCGGGAUGUGAAGCCAGAAAACAUCCUCCUGACCAAGACGGGCGUCAUUAAGCUGUGCGACUUUGGCUUUGCACGCAUCCUCACUGGUCCAGGUGAUGACUACACAGACUAUGUGGCCACACGGUGGUACCGUGCUCCAGAGCUACUGGUGGGGGACACACAGUAUGGCCCCCCGGUGGAUGUAUGGGCCCUGGGCUGCGUGUUCGCUGAGCUCCUGCAUGGAAACCCUCUCUGGCCAGGGAGGUCUGAUGUGGAUCAGCUCUACCUCAUUCGCAGGACGCUAGGUGACCUGAUCCCUCGUCACCAACAGGUUUUCCGCUCCAAUGUCUUCUUCAGUGGAGUUAGCAUCCCUGAACCAGACACCAUGGAACCGCUGGAGAAGAGGUUCCAUGGUGCAUCUCCUCAAGCCAUUAGUGUGAUGAAGUCGUGUCUGGUGAUGGACCCUGCUGGAAGGCUGUCGUGUGAGGAGUUAUUAGAGCUGCCGUAUUUUCAGGAAGAGGGAGGAGCCGGGUGGGGCAGAGAUGGGGAUCGACCCGGGAGGCGUCAUGAGAAAGGAACCAGACGCAGAAUGCCUGCGAUGCAGUAUUUGCCUCAGCUCCCCAGCAGCAACAUCUCCCCAGCACCUGAGCAGAAGAACAAACACAAGCCCAAAUAUGACCACCAUCUGCCCAACAUCUGAGAGAGGACUGUGUUCUGGACAAGGAGCAAACAGACCUCUGGAGACGUGAACAGUUAACUUUCUCAUAUGUAGCCGUAUAUGUGCCUGUAUGGGCGAGAGAGAGAUCUAUAGAUUUGACGUGCAUACUGUAGAUGUGAGCAGCAUUGUGAGCAGAGGCACUCGCAUAAUUUGAAGUGGUUGUGAAGCAUACGUGUGUUUUAAAGGAGCUACAUGGAGAUCUUUUCCGGUUUCACUUCAGAAUUGCUAAAAUUCUUUAUACUCGUCUUUGUUAGCCGCAGCUCAUGUACAGUGAGAGCCGCGUUGGCUUUACUUUAUUUGUUAUUAACUUCUGAGUGUUUUUAAAUACAUAUUCUAAGAGUCCAGUCUGUUCAUCUGUUGUGCCAAAUAUAUCAGGUGGUCAUUUGUUUUUGUUGCAAAUGACAGAAUUACGCAGGUCAUAUUCCUUCACUUCUAAAGCUUGAAUUGCUAGCAGUUAAUAAUAAUAAUAAUAAUAAUAAUAAAUGAUAAUAAUAAUAAAAAAGUGCAUUUCAUGAAGAAAAUGUGAGUGAUUGCACAGCUUAACCUAGUGUGGCUGGUUGUUUUUUUCUGUCACUCCCUAAUUACAUUAGUAGUUAAUCUAAGGUGUAAGGCCUUCAUUCCAGCUCCUGAAGCCCUAGCCAAUGGGAGAGCUCACUUGGCUGAAUCUACCUAGAUACCACAGAGAGAACAAUCCUGAUUGGAUCAUGAAAUUUCUCAUGAUGAUUGUUUUUAUUAUUAUUAUUAUUAUUAUUAUUAUAAAAUGACAUCUAGGAUUGUAAGUAGUUUCUCCUGACACAGAAAUUACUGUAAGUAACAGUUUGCCAUCUUUUUCAUGCAGGGCAUCUCCCCCCAAAUAAAAAAAAACUCUUGUAGCUCCUUUAAAGACUUUUGGUGCCUUGAUGCAUUUUUUCCUCCCUGCACCUGGAGUUUCAUCACGUGUGUGUGCCAUUCCUUUGGUCGUAUGCUGCACUGUUAUGGACUACCUAUAGUAAACAGAGUGCACAUGUUUCUUGCACCUAAACGACACAAAAUGUAAUGUAGAUAAACAAAUUCUAUCAACAGAGACAUUUUAUUUGUAGGUAAAGAUUAUUAACAGUAGUAAAAAAAUCUCAUUUAAAUUC